AUCAGAAAGUGGGUGGAGAUUUUUUUGUUGUCUAACUUGUCCAUCUCAAACAGGAACCGAGCUUAAGAAUUUCUUGGCACUAAACGAAGUGGAGGGAGGGAGAGAGAAACAGGAAUUCCAAUCUCCCCUUAAGGGCUACAGCCAUUCGGAGCUUUAUCAACUUCUGGACCGAGUGGCAUUUUAAGAAUGCGACAAAGAUGGCGUUAGCCGGCAGAGUACAGAGAAGUGGACUGUUAGAAGUUUUGGUCAGGGACAGCUGGCAUCGUGUGCUGGCCACCCUGAAUCAGGAGAAUCUGAUCCUGAGCUGUGAGCAGCCUGGGCACACUGCUUCCUGGAAUGGACUCACCAACGGAGCGGGCUCACAAAGUCCCCAAGCCGCCUCCCGCAGCCCCAAAUCCACGGCCGUACGCAACGCCUUCACCGAACUACCUGAACACAUCCCCGAAACUAUCAGCAACAAGAAACGGAGCGUUAGGGUCAUCAAGCAAGAGGUUGGGGGCCUAGGAAUCAGCAUCAAGGGAGGCAAAGAGAACAAGAUGCCAAUUCUGAUCUCGAAGAUCUUCAAAGGUUUGGCAGCUGAUAAGACCGAAGCUCUAUAUGUGGGGGAUGCUAUCUUAUCAGUGAAUGCUGUGGACCUGAGGGAUGCAACACAUGAUGAGGCAGUGCAAGUGCUGAAGAGAGCAGGCAAAGAGGUGCUUCUAGAGGUGAAGUACAUGAGAGAAGCUACACCUUACAUCCGGAAGACCUCUCCGGUUUCAGAACUUGGAUGGGAAACUCUCCCUCCAGAGUCUCCCAGGCUCAGAUCUGCGGCCAUAGAAUCUCAUGCAACCCUUUCAUUCUCCUUACCAAACGACUCCAAAGAUUCAAAGAGCAUUCCGCUGAAGAUGUGUUAUGUCACACGAAGUUUCAGUACACCAGACCCUGAAAACAGACAAUUUGAACUGCAUUCUCCUGAUUGCAAAUACACCGUGGUCCUGAGAUGUAAAGAUCCCAGCACAGCCCAAGCCUGGUUCAACACCAUUCAAUCUAAUACCAGUAACCUGACCAGCAAGGUCAUAGCAGAAGUCAAAGAUCAACUGGGAAGAGCAGGGAUAGCUGGGAGUCGAGAGAUUCGCCACAUAGGCUGGCUCGCAGAAAAAACAAUAGGAGAGAAUGAAAAGAGACAAUGGAAGCCUGUUCUGGUAGUGCUGACUGAAAAGGACAUGGUGAUUUAUCCCAGCAUGCCUCGCAUGAAGGAAUCCUGGUCCAGUCCUGCUCACACUUGUCCAUUGCUUGCUACCAGAACCAUAAACAAAUUGCCAAGAACUGAGGUAUGGAAAUGGUUUAAAAAUUCACUUGUUCCCAUAAGAUACGUAAUGGGUCAAACUGACAGUGAGUGCAAAUUGGUUCAUUCUGGUGUGGGCAGGGAUUCACCACAACCAGGUGUGGAACUGUCUUUUGCCACUCGCACUGGAACACGCCAAGGCAUCGAGACUCACCUCUUCCGUGUCGAGACCAACUCCAGUCUGUCCAACUGGACCAGGCAAAUUGUACAAGGCUGCCACAACGCAGCCGAGCUAACUAAGGAAGUCACAACCACGUGUACAUACAGGACCCAGCAGUGCCUUCUGACCGUUCAUUAUACAAACGGAUUUUCUAUCUUGAAAGAUGGACAAGAAGGAAGUAUGCCAAAGCUGAUUUGGCAAUAUCCCUUCGAGAAAUUGAGAAACUCCUCUGAUGAUGGGGUGAGAAUGCUCUUUCUAGACUUUGGUGGAAGAGAUGGUGAAAUUCAGUUGGAUCUUCACUCAUGCCCGAAACCUAUCGUUUUUGUCAUUCAUUCGUUCCUUUCAGCAAAGAUUGCGCGCCUUGGCUUGCUAGCCUGAAAUGGAAACACUUGCAGAGUGAAGGAACUCUCCUUGGAAAGGUCUUAUAUAACUGUUGCAAAUCAGCCUGAGAGGGAGGUGGGAGCAUCUGUGUAAAGAGGGAAAUAUUUAAUCUUUAUUAAAAUCAGACAAAUAGUUUAUUUAAUGGAAUAGAGAAAGUUGUAACAAUCUGAAGCAAACUUAAGAUUUUAUAACAAGAAAUUUUGUUUUCGAUGAUGCUAUGAGAGGUCUAAAUUUUUACAAUCAUUGGCAGUAGAGAAAAUAUUAAUACCUUCUCCACAAAUUUAACUUCUUUAAAAGCAGUUUACAGCCAUACUGUUAAUUCUGUUUUGUUCAUUUUUUAAAAAUUAUACAAUCUGAAUUUUACACACAAAUUUAAAGUCUGGACAAGCAAUUAUUAGUUAUUAUAAAUGUAAAAUGAAGACAAAGUCUAAUUCAUAUUUUUUUGAAAUAAACAUGAAGCUUCUUUAUUGUUUUAAACUGAACAGGUAAACAGUUGAACUAAAUGUUACAAUUUUGCUGAUUUUGCCCAAACUGUAAAGUUUUAAUAUUGUCUUGUUACAUGAAUUUUGAUUUGUCAAAGUGCUUACUUCACGUGAAACUCAUUUAGAACUGUUGUGUUGACUUUCUAUUUGUGAAAAAGUUAACUUUCAGCCAACAUCAUAAAAAAAUUGUCAUUAUUACAUCGCUGAUUGUGGGUGCUUUGUAUGCACAUAUCAGCUGUUCCAUUGCCUAAGUCAUAGCUUUGCUGUUAAUUCAUAAGUGCACUUCUGAUUGAAAUCAUUGAGAGAUUGAGGCUGUGAAAGUAAUGGUAGUGAACACAAGACUUUCUUUUCGUUAGUCUGAAAAUAUUCCAAAUUAUUGUGGUGUUAAGAUCAUCCUGGCAGAAUGACUGGUUAAUGAAAUCAAAAUUAAACUGGGCCAUUUAGCUGUUCCCACUAAAAUGGCAUUCCUGUCCAUUGUAGACCUCCACGUUCAAUUUUCCUUGCUAUGGACAUUUAUCAAUCACAGCUGGUCAGGAACAGUUUUUCCUUUUUAAAAAAAACUCCUUUUUGUAAAGUGAUCCAUUUGAACUUACAGGUUUAUGUCCAGAUUGCUUUUGGAACAACUAAUAAUGUUUCAGAAUGUUUUCCUUUAGUUAUAAAGGAUAGCUUGCGCUGAUUGGUGUGUCCGUUUUGCUACAUUUUUGAUGGAAGAAAAUGGGAGCAUAAAGUUAGGUAACAAAAGGUGGAAAGGUGGUACUUUUGCAUCUAUCUUUAUUUAUAGCAAUAGUCUCUGCAGCAUCUCUUUCCUAGUUUGAAAUCAUGUGCGUCAAUGCUCAUAAUGAUUUGUUUGAAACAAGUUUUAGAAAAAUCCUGUCCAUUUACUUAACGUUUAUACCAAACAUUUUUUGUACUAUUUAACAUACAAAGUUUGGCUACUUUAUUUGCCCUGGGCAUGAAGUGAAACCACGUAGUGGAUUUGGCAGUUAAUCUCUGUUCCCCCCCAACAGUUUUUACACUCAGAAAUGAACAAUUCCAACUGAUCUGAUUUUGCAAUGAAAUUGAAAAUGUAGGGUUCUUUUGUGUACAAGUGGGGCCAUCAUUGCCUUCAACAGAUCAACUAAUCAUUUAGUUUUAUAGUAAGGUUAUUGGAAAGCCAUUUGACAUUAAACAAGUUCGAAAUGCAGACCUGGAUUUAAACACUCAUUCAGAUGUGUGAAUUUUCUAGGUUACUGCUGUUUAAACUAGUUAGUUUCAAGCAUCAUAGGUAGAAUAUAUUUCUAAAUUGUUUCUUGACAACAAUAUGCAAAAUUGCAAGCACAGAAGCCUGUAGGCAACAUAAAUUAACUAUUUCACAUUAAGUCUCUAGAACAGAAGAAAAUAAAUACCCGAUCACUAUCAUGUGUUGAAUGGUAGGAUCGGCAUUGUUUGUAGUUGGAUUGAAAUCUAACUUUCUUCAAACUAUACAAAUUAUAAAAAGUACCAGUUAAACCAUGGGGUAUUUAAAGGAGAAGAUGCAAAAUAUAUUACAGUUCAAUGUGUUGAAUUGUUAUUAAAUAUAAUUUAAAUUGUUGAUAACUGCCUAUUAUUGUACAGCAACUUAAUAUGAAAUUUAUAGAUGGGAUCUUAAAGCUGGGUUAUCUAAAAUAAUGUAUAUUAUUGAGAUGUUUUAAUGUUUAAUUAAAGCAUAUUGCCAUUGUAGUGCUAUAUUCUUUUCACUGAAAGGCAUUUACCUCUUCUAAUAUGGAUGCACCGAGUAUCACUCAGGACUGUUAGAAAUGCAGUUUCCUUAAAUAGCUCAAAGUCAUAAGGUGAACAUAGAGAAGGCCAUCCAGUCCAUUUUAACCAUGCAAUGCAUGGAGAAAAAACAGUAAACAUUGUAUUCACAUUUUCCUUUAAAACAACAAAAUGUUUUUAUGUCUUCAUAACAGUCUCAGGAAAUAAAAUUAGACACUAGACUCAAAAAGGAGACAUUGCGACAGGUGAACAAAAAUUUGUUAAGUUUUUCCUAAAAAUAAAAGGAAAAUUCUGUGGAUGCUGGAAAAACUGGCAGCAUUCGUAGGGAGAAAGCAGAUGUGAUGUUUUGUGUCCAGAUUUCCUCCUCCAGAACUGAAAGGUGUUGGAAAUUUUUUUAAAAAUAUAUACUUUUAACAGAGGUGAAGGAGGAGCAAAGGAGCAAAUGUUGGAAAGGCCCAGUGCAAAAGACAAAGGGGUAUUUAAAUGGUGGUGAAAGAGGAAAGGUGAUGCUCACACCCACUUUACAUUUCUUUUCCUCUUUUGCACUGUACCUCUCCAUCUGCCCUCUUGUUCCUCCCUCACCUCAGUCAAAAGUUCACUAAAAAGAAACAAUUUUUCAAUACCUUCCAGUUCAGGAGAACAUUUGAAACAUUAACUGUGUUGCUCUCUUUACAAGGCUUUUUGCCAAGUGCUGGAAAAUGGGAUUAGACUAGUUAGGUGGUUAUUUUUCACCACUAUAGAUUCUUUAUCUUUGCAGUCGAUCUCUUGUACAUUUAAAGGUACAGGAGCAGAAUUAGGCUGUUCGGCUCAGAGUCUGCUUCACCAUUCAAUCGUGGCUGAUGUGUUUCUCAACCCCGUUCUCUUGCCUUCUAUCCUUGAUUCUACUUGCAAUCAAGAACUUAUCAAUCUCUGUCGUUAAAUGUGCUCAAUGACUUGGCCUCCACAGCCUUGUGCGGCAAUGAGUUCCACAGUUUCACCACCCUCUGGCUGAAGAAAUUCUUCCUCAUAUCGAAAGGGCCAGGCCCUCGGUUCUAGUCUCUCCUACUAGAUGAAACAUCUCCAUGCCCACUCUAUCCAGGCCUAUCAGUAUUCUGUAAGUUUCAAUGAGAACCCCACUCCAUCCUUCUAAACUGUAUUGAGUACGGACAAGCCAAGGUUUCUUCUUGUAAACCUCUUCUGUACUCUAACUCCAGCACAGCCUUCCUUGGAUACAGGUCCCAGAACUGCUCACAAUAUUCCAAAUAUGGUCUGACCAGAGCCUCAUAUGGCCUCAGCAGUACAUCUGUACGUAUCUCUUGUAUUCGAACCCUUUCAAAAUGAAGGUUAACAUUACAUUUGGUUUCCUAACUGCCAGAAGAACCUGCAUUUUAACCUUAAAAGAAUCCUGAACAAGGACUCCCAAGUCCCUUUGUGCUUCAGAUUUCCAAAGCUUUCCCCUUUUUAGGAAGUGGUCUGUACCUCUUCUUCUCACCACAGUGCAUAACCUCAGGUUUUCCAUCAAAAUGGGCCUUGAGUAUUAUAGAUACAACAUUUUAAAUCAUAACCUCACUUCAAAGUGCAUCAAAAUAAAUCUAAAAGAAAUAAAUUAUCCUUAAGGAAGAAAUGUCCUGUUGACAGUACAACUCCUGCUCCUUUCCUUGCAAUUAAGCUACAUUUUAAAAAAACUAACUGCAUGCACAAGCAUUAUUUUCAUAUUAAGAAUCCACUGCUUUUAAUUACUAUUAGCACUCAGUUCAUUGGACAAUGCAGUUGUACAAUUCUGUUAAUAAUAUUAUUCUUAACUAAGAAAAAGAGUGGACUUUGAAGUAUUCAGAGAGCUGGAAACUAUUCAUCCAUUUAUGGUAUAGAAAUGUGGUCCUAAACUGAGGAUUAGAUUCUGUUAAGAUUUCAAAAAUUUAAAUAAUUUUUAGACAAAUUAAAACAUUAGAACCUUGUAUAUGUGUAAGAUCUUAAAAGGUGGGACUUCAUAUGUAGAAACACUAAUACCAGUACUGAAAAGGCACUAUUUUGCAAAAUACUGUAACAUUAUCACUGCACUAAGCUAUAUUUAAUAAUUUAGACUAUUAACAUGCCUUUCUACUUUUGACUACUCUCAAAUGUGUACUUCAAAUUAUUUCCAUUUUUCUCAAUCUUAACAUGUUUUUGUAAAUCUAGAUCAGCGCUGUAAAGUUACAACCAUGAUGUAAUUUAAAUAAUAUAAAUUAAAACACUCCAACUAGUUGAUUAUCCAUGCCAAUUAAUUUAGAGAUAGAUAUAAAUAUUAGCCUGUAAUGUCUGUAGUAUUGCCACAACUGGAAAAGGUUAACACUGCUAACAAGUUGCCUUGAGAAAGAAAGAACUCAUGACUCCAUUCAAAAGCAAAUGUUUAAUUUUUUAAAAAGAGGGACAAGCACAGGAAUGCGAAUUUCAUUUAGUUUUUCAUCUGAUGAUUCAAAAUUCAAACUUCAUGAUCAGUGCAAAUUGUUCAAUAUUUGUAAUGCUGAUUUAGUUAAAAUAAACAUGAGGUGGUCAUUUAUUUAAAGGGAAAGGACACUAAAUACCAGUAAGGCAAUGAAGUCAGCAUUCUUUCUAAAUCCUAAUCGCUGUUUGAUUUUUUUUUAAAAUGCAGUCUGGCAACACUUUUUUGGAUCUGAACUGGUCCGUUUAAAGGUAACCUCCUGGGGUGAAGGUUUGCAGUAAUACAAGGAAAAAUAACAUUACUGCAACAAAGACAAUUGAUUGAUUGAGAUUCCAAAUAUUGUGAAGAGGGAUCAGGUACCUAAAACCUGCUAGAACAGCGUUGGCAAUGUCAUAGAUUGAGGAGACAAUACAAGAUGGGGUGAGGAAUCGGGAUGGAAGAGAAGGUAAAUAGGGAACAGAAACAAAAAUGCAGACGAAGUACCAGUGGAUGCAAGUAUACAUACGUCAUUCAAGUAACAUUAGAUUUCAAGGACAUAAUUGCCAUCUAGAGAAAAUGAAUAAUGAACCUGUCAACAAUUCCCACUGAGUGGGUACCAGUGUACAUGGUGUUUCCAUGUAUACAAAUUCCUGGAUUUUUUUUAAAAAUCCAUCAGACAACCAUAAUAGGACCUAUCAGCUUCAGUGAGUUCAAAUGACAAGAUCACCAAUCAAAUCCAUGAGGAUGGUGGAAGCUGAGAUAAUGAUUUCAAAAGGAAAUUUGAUUAUCAUUUGAGCGAAUGAAACUUGCAAGGCACCUGAGAUAGUUCUGGAGGAACUAAACUGACUGAAUUGCUCUACAGAGCUAGCAUGGACUCAAUAAGCAGAAUGAUCUAUUUCUUUGGCAUAAUGACCCUACUGAUAAAUUUUCUUUUGUACUUUUCAGGUCCAGCUAGUGAAGUGAAAUUGGUGCAACAUUUACAUCUAUGGUUGCCUCACAGAAAUGGAAUUUGUAUCUAGUUUCCCCUCAAUGGCAUCCUUGCAAUUUCCCAAAGUCACUUCAUAUUGUAGAGUUUGCAUUCUCACUCUGCAUAAAGAUAUUUCUUCAUCUCAGGAAAGAUAUGAAAGCUUUAGAGAGGGUGCAGAAGAGAUUUAUGAAAAUGAUGCCAAUGAUGAGGCACUUCAGCUCUAAGGCUAGCUUGAAGAAGUAGAAGUUGUGCUCCUUUAAAGGUUAAAAGAUUUGACAGAUGCUCAAAAUCAUGAGGGAUUUCAAACACAUAGAAGAGAGAAAGAAAUUCUUCCCCUUGGCAAGAUCAAGAACCAAGGAGACAGAUUCAAGGUGAUUAUCAAAAGAACAAAAGGCAAGGAGAAAAAUGCUCCUGCAGGAAAUGGUUAGAAUCUGGAAUGAAAUACGCAGAAUGGUGGACGCAGGUUCAACAGUGGCCUCAGAAGGAAAUUGGAUUUGUAGCCAAUAAGAAAAAUAAUGUCGGGGUAACAGGGAAAAGGCAUAGAAGAGAGAUUAGGUGGAUUGGGUAAUACAUUCAACAGGUUACACAAUAGACAUCUGAUCAUUCUAUUUAAUGAGUGAUGACCUUUAAAUUCCCAUCUUCUCAAAAUAAAGGGAUGGAAAUUUUCCAACUCUACAGAGCUCGAGUAGUGCGCACAGUUCUGGACACUACUUCUGAGAUCAUGUGACCUUGGAAGGGACGCAGAACAGAUUAACCAGGACAAUACCGUGACCUAAACAAUCAAUUAUACAAGUUGCAUAGUUCAGAUUUCUAUUUUCCAUGAAGAUAAAGGACUGAUCUAAUUGAGACAUAUUAGAUGAUUAAUGGGAGUUAUUGGAGAGGAACUACUCCUUUGAUGUAAGAGUCUUGUACAGGGAGGCAGUACCUUCAGCCAGGCCAUUCAAGGAUGAUGUAAGGAAGGCCUUAUUCAUACAAAAGAUUGUGGAAAUUUAGAACCCUCCAUGGUGCAGGUAUCAAUUAGAUUUCCAAAAUGGAGAUUGAUAGACUUUUUCAUAAAAUAAGGGUAAUAAGAGGUUGCAGAACUAAUGCAGAUAAAAUGAGUUAAAAUACAGAUCAACAAUUACAGCACUAAAUGACAGCAGAAUGGGGCUGAAGGCUUACUGUUCCCUAACCUGCAGAAAAGCUAACAGGUACAGAAUCUGACCCCAAAACUUUUCAGAUUCUUUAAAUCUGAUAGCAAAGAUUCAUUCAACUUUACUCAUUUACUUUGAAGCAAUGGUCUUUGGGCUGUUUCCAGCUGUACAAUAUUUUCAGUUGUCAGUUUUUUCUGGGGCUGGCUGGAACUUUAAGCUAUUUAGCUUCUCCAUCUUUGUUACAUUGACAAACAUUGAGCUGUGAAGUUAUAAACUUAAAACAAAUCUGGUGAGGAAAGAAAGAUAGGCAGGUGAAACAAGAACAAUAAUUUUUUUAAAAAUUUAAAAUAAAUCCAUCCUUUAACAUGGCUUUAAUUAUGAUCAAAAAUAUAUAUGUUAUUUUGUUUAUGGAGCACAUUUCCUUUAAUGUGCUAUAAUUGAAGACGAAUAAGUGAGGGAGAUGGUUGAUGUGAAAUACUGAAGUGUCCUUUAAUUUCCUGUAUUUCACCCCAACGAUGGGAUGAACGUCUCUUCCUGCAAUCUGUAAGGAUUCCAAAUGAAAGGACAACUAGGCAGUCUCUACUAAAAUCAUCAGGGGUCCUGCUCCCUAAUCUUGCAAACUAGUAAUCUCACUUAACAUAGCCUAUGAUAAUGUCCAGUGUAACAAAUAUAAAGCAUUAACAGCAGUACAAUUAUAUUGCUUAACGAGCUAAUGGAUUUAGGCACAUGGGUGGAGCUGCAUUGAAAACUGAGAUAGACAGAAGGGAUCAGCAAUAAAUAUUUAAUUCCAAGCAUUUCAACAAAUAACCUAAAAUGUAAGCAAUUUUUUUUAUCAACGAGGCAAAUAUCUGGCAAGCUUUCACUGAGUGCUCAUAUUUUGAUCUAUUCAUCGGACUUCCUUAAUUACUUAAAAGUGGAGAAAGUCUUGUGUAAUUUAAAUUUUGAAAUUAGGGCAGCAGAUGCAUGGGACAAGCAAAUCCACAAAGUUUCCCUCCAUUUCUAUGAUUCUAUGAAAGUCUCUUACCAUCCUUAUUUGGAAUUAUAUUGCUAUUCCUUCAGUAUCAUUCUGUCAAAAUCCCGAAAUUCCCAUCCUAACAGCACAAUGGGUGCGCUUGCAUGACAAAAACUACAAUGACUUCAGGGGUCUAUGAACAAAUAAAGAAUUAAAGUUGUUUCAUUGGAUAAUACUCACAAGAGCAGCCAAUUGAAGUGCAGCUAGUCUGAGAAUAAACAAAAUAGGAAAAGACCAAAACUAAAGAUGGUCAUGUGUGGGUGCAUAAAUUUAGUUGCCGUCAAGCCUUUAUUUCUGCCACACUUUUUAUUUGAAAUGACCCUGCAGCAUAUAUGUAAUACUACAUAAAAAUCUUCAACACUAGCGUCAAAUUACUUUCUGCUCCAUAACUUGUUUCUCAUCUUUCAUACAUUACCUUCACAUCCAUAAACCUCUACAAGACCUUAACUUACAACCUCCGGCAGAAUCACUGGGCUAUAUUAUUCUUGCAAAAAUUCAGCAAAGACUGAAUGGCAUCAGACCAAUUUCCCCAUUUGCAUCAUUCACUAUGGCGGUAUAUUCCCUCUGUUCUCCCUUUGCCAGGGCUCUGUAACAGGGAACUAUCAUAAGCCUGCUCAAUUAAAUGUCACUUAAAAAUCUGAUGCUGUUAAUAAUUUACCUUUUAGAAACUUCCUUAAUUAUUCUAAUCCCUGUUCAACGUAUGCAUUCCCUCUUUCUCCUCUCUACUUUGCUGGCUGAUUUUCACAAUACAAUGAACUGUACAUAAAAGCAUUUUCAGUGUACUGGAAAGGAAACUUGGUUCAAUACACAGAUUGUCCAGUUGAUGUUAACAGAUAUUUGCCAGAUUCACAAAAUCAGCAGGCCAGUUAAUCAUGACCUUCCUGGCUGCUGAGUUCAUAAAAUCCAUCAUGUUCACUUGAAGUGACGGACUAUACAGAUUCUACACAUCAGCACCCUACAGAGGGCAACGUGAAAGCAGCUAGGUGUAAACUGUUGCGUUACUUUAGGUUAAGGCGAAAUCAUAUCUAGUACAUCUUCUGUAAUCAAAGUGCAAAUGUUGAGUUAAACACAAAAAAAAGGUUAAUGCCAAAGAUUUCAGAAGAUAUAGCACUAGGGAGAGAUUUGGAAUUAACUUACUGAUCAUUUAUGAGAUAGUUUUUUUGUAGCAUUUCGACUACGCAUUAGAUUGAUAUGAAGUUCCCAAGAACUUAAUUAAAAAUGUAUUUUUCUCUUUAAGUGCAAACAACUAAAUUACUAGUUUCUCAGCAAUUCUACAAGUCUGAGCUUCUAUUUGCCGAUGAGUAUUUUGCUGAUAUACUGAAUAACUGUGAAAAAAUAUUUAUAAAAUUUGAACAAUUAAUCCACAGCUGAUACUUUAAUGUGCCUUCAGUUCUCAUUUACAUAUUAAGUACUGUGACAAAUGCAUAUGGGCUACGAUAUAUUUUGAUUUUAAGUAUGAUACCUACACAAUCUAAUGAAGCGUUAAAAUGAACUUGGUCUCUGUAAAGACUAAUAUUCAUCAUAUGCUAACGGCAAAGAUACAUUUCAAACUGAAUAAGAGCCCACUAAUUAAAUAUUAUAACUUUACGUAGAGAAUGGAGACAGAAUUCUCAACUUUAAUUUUAUUGGUGGGUUCAGCAAACCAGCAAAAGCAAGAAAAGGUUACAAGUUUUCUGAAGGAUCCAGCUUUGCAAACUCAUUUUGUAUAUCCACAGCUCUCAGUAAUAUAAUUGAGACAGUUAAUGUGUAAAAUUUGAAUUUUGUGAACUGAUGUAUAAUUUACCACAAAAAAGUGUCCUGCUCAUUUUCUGUACUUUUUACUUAAUAAACAAAAUGAAGCUUUUCCCUUUAGUUUUAAGAAUAUGCUUGACAAUUGAUUGUAUAUAAAUGAAUAAUGAAUAAAA